GGCCUCGGCCGGGGCUGGGCGCGCGACAGCACCGGGCGGCGAUGGCGGCGGACGGGGACUGGCAGGAUUUCUAUGAGUUCCAGGAGCCGGCCCGGAGCCUCCUGGACCAGGAGAACUGUAACGCGAGCCCCGAGGCCGGGGCAGGGGCGGGCGCGGGCGGCGAAGGCUUCCCGGCGUUGGCCUGCAGCUUGGAGGAGAAGCUGAGCCUGUGUUUCCGCCCCUCGGGUCUCGGCGCCGAGCCCCCGCGGGCGGCCGUGCGGCCCAUCACCGAGCGCAGCCUCCUGCAGGGGGACGAGAUUUGGAAUGCCCUGACAGAUAAUUAUGGAAAUGUGAUGCCUGUGGACUGGAAGUCAUCUCACACUAGGACCUUGCACUUGCUUACUCUAAACCUCUCAGAGAAAGGGAUAAGUGACAGUUUGCUUUUUGACACAUCAGAUGAUGAGGAGCUGAGAGAACAGCUGGACAUGCAUUCCAUCAUUGUCUCCUGUGUUAACGAGGAACCCCUCUUCACGGCAGACCAGGUUAUUGAAGAAAUUGAAGAAAUGAUGCAGGAGUCACCAGACCCAGAAGAUGAUGAGACUCCCACACAGUCAGAUCGGCUUUCAAUGCUCUCCCAGGAAAUUCAAACUCUUAAGAGAUCUAGUACGAGCAGUUAUGAAGAGAGAGUAAAAAGGCUCUCGGUAUCUGAAUUAAAUGAACUACUGGAGGAAAUUGAGUCUGCCAUUAAGGAGUACUCCGAGGAGCUGGUGCAGCAGUUGGCCCUGCGAGAUGAACUGGAGUUUGAAAAGGAAGUGAAAAACAGCUUUAUUUCUGUUCUUAUUGAAGUCCAGAACAAACAGAAAGAGCACAAAGAAACAGCCAAAAAGAAAAAGAAACUAAAAAACAGCAGCUCUCAGAAUGGGAAGAACGAGAGAAGUCAUAUGCCAGGCACACGCUUCAGCAUGGAAGGGAUCUCAAAUGUCAUUCAGAAUGGCUUCCGCCACACCUUUGGAAAUUCAGGUGGAGAGAAACAGUAUUUGACAACAGUCAUUCCCUAUGAGAAAAACAAUGGACCACCAUCUGUUGAAGAUCUUCAAAUAUUAACAAAAAUUCUCCGUGCCAUGAAGGACGACAGUGAAAAAGUUCCGAGCUUGUUAACUGACUAUAUACUGAAAGUUCUGUGUCCCACCUAGAGCAGCAUUACCUUCUGUGGACAUAACAUUCUGAGAGUUGGUUACCAUGACCUUCUUGCUACUGGAAACCCAUCACACUUGACCUUGGGUUUGUGAUUCAGUAUUAAUAGAUCAUGACUUCACUAAAUCUUUAUAUUAUAGAACCAAGAAAACUGUGGCACUCUUUUGAAUUCUAGAGUUUUUUUUGGGAUAAAUCUAAGUUCUCUUAACUUAGUGAAGAAAUAUCAAUUGUGCAUGGACAGUUACAUUUUUCAUUAACUUGACUGUAUGCCUAGUGUUUUUAUGGCUUUCUACAUCYAAAUUGCACUGAAGAACUAGAUUAAAGCAUUGGGAGAUUUAUAUUAUAGGUAUUCUUCAGUGAUGGCAAGAACACACACAGAUUUUUUUAAAAUAAGAGGACUGUCAGUAUAAAUGUUACCUAUCAGUAUUGUCCAGAGACUGAAACUUAACAAAUGUGGGCUGCCUUUGAAGCAGCAGCACUGGAAUAUGCAUUACUGUGGCUUAAGUUAAUAGUAUUGCCUCUGCUCAAGAUGACUGAUUUUAUAGCUUGCUGCUUUUCACCACUGUUGACACUUUAACCAUCUGCCACUCUCAGAAACUUGUAUUCACUUUGUGUUUCAAUGUUUUGUUUCAUGUGUCUGUGAAGAAGUGUACUUUAAAAGGAGUUUGAGUCCUUUAAGGUGCUUAAGAAAUCGUCUGCUGCUGCACUGCCCACUUCCCAUCGCUGUUGUUUUAUUCAUGCCUGUGCACCGUCCUCCAGGGCCGAUGCCAGAAACAGCUAUUCAUGAAUACAUCACUAAUCACGAACAGGUCUGCCAGAUUCAAUCAUGUCAAUGGCAUUUAAUAAAUAUAAAAAUAAUAUAUGUUAAAGAGCCUUGAGUAUUUUUAUUGUAUCUUUUGUUUGCUCUUGCAGUGCUAAGAUUAGUUGCUCUACAGUUUGUGAGCAGUGCUCCCUGAUUAGAUGGAUCAUGAUGGCAAAGAGGGGAGAAGGACUUUCCUAGAUCAUGCUGUGCUGCCAUGGAAUGACAGCCAUUCUGCUUUUUUUGGCCAGUUACGCAGCCUGCCCCUGACAUAAUAAUGUGUGUAGAGUCUAUAUGGGACCUACUAUCAGGGGGCUUUUAAAAUUUCCUCCAAAGCAUCUGUGUCCACAUUCCUUACGCCACUUAGUAACCGAGGUGCUGUGACUGCAGAGGCAGUGGCUUGAAGUCUGGUGCCAGCGUAGCUUUUUCAGUUGUUAUCUAGAGGUAUGUGGAACCUGAGGAUGGUUUCCUUGUUUUAUUAAUGUCUUAGUAGAUGGUGAACAGGUGAGAAUGAUUUGUCACUUUCUUUCAAACUGAUGAAGAUGCCUACUUACAUAAUACUAUUAAUUAAAAUUAGUUUUAUCUGAAUUUGUAAAAAUUAUGCCUUAUACCAAAGACAUGUAGGUAUAAGGGGCAUACAAUAAAGCAAAAGUCCUUAGGGGUGUGUUUCUUGAACAGAUUGAACCACGUUCUGUUUAGAGCUAAUCAUACUGAAGUUGAUGCCUUUGAUAUAUAUGUAAGCCUACUUUCUCCCACUUACAUUUUCCUGACAACUCAGAGUACCCUUUGUAAUUAGAUUUCUCUGAUUUUGUUUGGUAAAUACUUUCUUCUUUAGCAGUAAAUAGCUGUAGAGUUUUCUGUAACAAUCCUUUUCCACAUUGCUGAAGUAGAUUUGAUACAGGUUGGGCAUCCCUGGCCUGAAGUCUAAAAUGCUUCACAGUCUAGAACUUUUUGAGCACUGCAGCAAUUCCACAAGCGGACAAUUCCACAACUGACCGGACGGGAUGAGUCAAAGUCAGAAUUCAGUUAUGCUAAGGAUACUGUCAUCAAAUCAGGCUGUGUGUGUAAGGCACAGAUGAAAGAUAAAAUAACUUUCAUGUUUAAACUUUGGUCUCAUCUCCAAGAUACCUCAUGAUGUAUAUGCAAAUACUCCAAAAUCUGAAGAAAUCCUGUGUGAAACAAUUCUGGUCCCAAGCAUUGUGGAAGGAGGUAAUUCAACGUGUACUGAUGACAAGCACAUCGCUACUCAUGACUGGCAGCAGGUAGCUCUCCUGUACUGCUGACAAGCACAUCGCUACUCAUGACUGGCAGCAGGUAGCUCUCCUGCCGCCCUAAGAACAGUGCCCUGUGCAGUGUACUCAGGGGACAUUUUCUGCAAAGAUUCCUUGGGAAAGAGCCACCUGCUGCGAGGAACACUGGGCUUCUUGUGAGCUGGACAACCUUGAAACAGAAGGACCAUUUGUCUUUCUGAUCCCAGAUAAGGAGUCUUUUUGAAAGUUACAUGGUGUGAUUUCUUCUCAAAGUGUUUACUUGCUGCCAAGAACCAAGUUGCAAAUCAUCCCCUUACAGCUUGGCUUUUUGAAGAAAACAAAAACAAACUGUAGAACUACGGUGCACUCCAAGUGCCAUAUAUCUAUUUUAUUCUUCAGGAAAUUAUAUUUGUUUUUCUUUUACAAGAGCACAACAGGAACCAAAGUAAAGGAGUAAUAGAUACAGCACUCAGGAUAAAUCAUAUCUUUAAAAUAAUAAUAAAAAAUUUACACCUUGUCCUACAUCCUGUUAGUAUUUUCAUAUGGCCAUGAUUGAAAAAACAAAAAGCAAGCAUUUACAAUUUUUUUCUUUGAUAAAGACUUUAUAUGCCAGGAAUGGAUUAAUUGUCAACAAAAUUUUAUACUAAUCAGGCUGAUGUAAAUCUAUUUUGGUAACAUCAUAUCAUUAACAAAUUUAUUUUGGAAAUAGAUAAAAAUAUUGCCCCUUGAUAAUAAAUCUUAUUUUUUUUCUUUGAUGCAAACAGCUAGAACACCUUUUUCUUUUUUCUUUUUGAUAUUCUAAAACAAAAAAAAUGGUUAAUCUUCAGAUUAAUAAAUUAGGUCAUUAUAAUAAUAAAUUAAUUUUUUUUAAAGUUCAGCAACCUCUGUCCAAGUAUUUACAACAAUACUUGAAAGUUCCUUUACAAAACAGAACACAUUUUCUUUUCACAUUAAGCAUACUGGGUAUCUGUGUCUUUCACAACAAGCAUUUUUAAAAGAAAAGUCAAUGCACAAAUGGGUCAUUAGUAUAAAAGUGCUAAGAGCUGUUUGAAAAGUUAACACUAUUGUGUACAGUCAGUUAUAUAUUCGAGGCAAACUACAACAAACUUCCAGCUUAUUGUGGACAAUAUUCCAGUAGUUGUUUCAAA